AUGUCUAAUUUUCUCAGACACCUCUACCUGGUUCUUAAGACACUCGAUCAGGCAUUCAGGAACCUGUCAGCUCAGAGAGAUGUUACUAAUGUGGAGCGGCAGGUGUCGUCUCUACACCUCAUUGUCCAGAGCUUUGCUGCUGACAUUGGCACUGCAGCCACUCUCCUCCUUUUCUUCAUUCCUUCUCUUCUUCCUUUCUGGGUGGUAGGGAAUUUUCCUUGGUGGUGGCUGGAUGCAUUGAAAGUGGUCUGCUACUCACUUGAUACAGAGAAUCCCACAAAGUUAUGCAAAUCAAGGAGUUCCAACCUUCAUGUCCACUUCAAGAAUACACGUGAGACUGCCCAGGCGAUCAAGGGUAUGCAUAUCCAGAAAGCUACCAAAUACUUGAAGGAUGUGACUCUGAAGGAGCAGUGUGUUCCCUUCUUUCAUUACAAUGGUGGGGUUGGCAGGUGUGCCCAGGCCAAGCAAUGGGGCUGGACACAGGGGUGCUGGCCAAAAAAGAGUGCAGAGUUCCUUCUGCACAUGCUCAGAAAUGCUGAGAGCAAUGCUGAGCUCAAGGAUCUGGAUGUAGAUUCUCUGGUAAUUGAACACAUUCAGGUCAGCAAAGCCCCCAAAAUGUGCAGGCGAACAUACAGGGCUCAUGGCCGCAUCAGUCCCUAUAUGAGUUCUCCCUGCCACAUUGAGAUGAUUCUGACAGAAAAAGAACAGAUUGUCCCUAAGCCAGAAGAGAAAGUUGCUCAGAAGAAGAAGAUAUCUCAAAAGAAACAAAAGAAGAGAAACUGAUGGCUCAGGAA